CUGAGUUAAGUUGUCCUGACGCUAUAAUGGAAAGUGCUCAAGAGGAUUUAAAGAAAAUCCUUAAAAAGUGUCAAACUAAAAAAGUUGAUAUAAAAAAGUUACAAAUUAUAAAGUCUUUUUUAAGUGAAUAUAAAAAACCUGUAACGCGUAAAGAAAAAUAUUGUAAAGUGGUUAUAGUUUUCUGUCUAUUGGCAUAUGCGCUGCAUUAUUAUUUUAGUGAUUUAACAUCUAGACGUUGCUCCCUUAUUAUGCCUCAAAUGUUACGUUACUCCUUUCGUCCUCCCGAAAGUUGCAACUUUUGUCAAAAUGUGGAUCAUAUAGCUCGUGUCAGUGCUAUAACACCUCAAGAGUUUGCCCAAAAAUACGCCUAUACAGCAACCCCUGUUAUAAUAGAAGAUGCUACUCGUAAUUGGACUGCUUUGGAAAAAUUUAAUUAUUGGUACUUUCGUGAUAUUUAUAAUAAUGCAAAAAGAAAACAGAAAAUCUUAGAUUGUCAAUUUCUUCCCUAUAAGACGGGUUUUCAUGAUAUAUUUGAGGCUCUGGAUAUGUCCAAGGAAAGAGUGGAUUAUUUUAAUUCUAGUUCUGCGGAUGGACAUCAGCAGAAACCUUGGUAUUUCGGUUGGAGUAAUUGUAAUCCCGAAACAGCUGAGGAAUUUCGCCGUCAUUAUGGUCGACCAUAUUUUUUGCCUGAGACUUCGGAAAAUAAUGCAGUAGAUUGGUUUUUUAUCGGCACCAGUGGUUUGGGAGCGCAUAUGCAUAUCGAUAAUGUUCGCUUACCCUCCUGGCAAGCACAGUUGUCGGGUAGCAAACGUUGGCUUUUAGCUCCACCACCCGAAUGUUAUUUUCAGUGUAAAUCAUUUGAUGCCAUUGUCAAAAAGGGUGAUGUCAUUGUUUUGGACACUAACAAAUGGUAUCAUCAAACUUUUGUGCAACCAGGAGAAAUCAGCUUGACCAUAGGAGCAGAAUAUGAUUAAGAAUAGAAACUGUUAUACGAAGUUGAAAAUGGAUAUAUGUAGCAUAAAGAAGACAUUAUUAAAUAAAAUAAAAAUUGUGUAAAAUAAAACUUUUAGAAGUUACAACAUUUUUCAUAGUAUAUACGAAAAUUUCAUUUAUAUUACGAAAUUUAAUUUGUCAACCUCUUUUCUAAUUUUACGAAAGUACGCAAAUAAGAAACUAUAUUAAAAAAAAAAACAGUUCGUUAACUCUUUAACAAAUGGGGGACACCGGUGUCACAAGAUUUUUUUUAACAUUUUUCUAGAUUUAGAGCGUU